UUUGGUUUAUCUGGACUGGAGGAUUGGAUGUAUCACGUCACUUGCGCGUGAAGAUUGGGCCUUCGAACCGAUCGUCGUCAAUGUCAUCAUCCUCAACCAAUCCUUCUGCGGCAAAGCCCUAGUAGUUUCAUUUCUGUUCUUUCUUCCUCGCGAAGAAUCUCGGACUCGGACUCGGACCUAGCCGCCUUUCUCAUCACUUAUCACUAUUCUAUUUAUACCUAAUCCCAUUCCAUAAUUGCAGCAAGCUUCGUUUCCUCUCUGUCUCGUUCGACCUCGAUCUCCCUUCCUUCCUGCAAAACCAUGGCAACCACGCCUGACCCACGACCGCCGGAAGCCUCUUCUUCGCCGAUCUCAGACGGCGAUGCCAAGAAAUGGGGCACCCACAUCAUGGGCCCGCCCGCAGUCCCAACUGUCCACCCCGACAACCAAAUGGCCGCCACUUGGACCGCCGCCGACCACCAGGAGUACUUCCACCGCCACUACCCUUACCUCCAAUACUCCCCCGUCGAUAAGCCCAGCCGCGGCCCUCUUGAACCUGUCGUCGACAUGUUCAAUUCCUGGAGCCGGAAAGCAGAGACCAUGGCCCAGAACAUUUGGCACAAUUUGAAAAUGGGGUCUUCUGUGUCGGAAGUGGCAUUGGGAAAGGUGAACCUGACGGCGAGAGCCAUAACAGAGGGCGGGUUCGAGUCUCUCUUCAAGCAGACCUUCGCGACUGAGCCGAACGAGAAGCUGAAGAAGACGUUCGCCUGUUACCUCUCCACGACAACUGGCCCGGUCGCCGGAACCCUCUAUCUGUCCACCGGCCGGGUGGCUUUCUGCAGCGACCGCCCCCUGUCUUUUUCCGCUCCUUCCGGCCAGCAGGCUUGGAGUUACUACAAGGUUGUGAUACCGUUGGCGAACAUUGCGACGGUCAACCCGGUGAAUCUGAAGGAGAAUCCGCCGGAGAAGUACAUACAAAUUGUCACGGUCGACGGGGAUGGCUUUUGGUUCAUGGGAUUUGUGAAUUUCGAGAAAGCAUCGCAUCACCUCUUGGAUACCUUGUCGGAUUUCAAAGCAGCAGGGGAUGCAGCAAGAGCGGCAGCUAGUCAGCCAUAAACGCUCAACACUGUUGUGAAAUGAGAGACAUGGUAUUGGAGUACUGUUGUAUAGUAUUAUUUCAAGUCUGGUUUGUGUAAAGUUGGUAAAUUUUAUACGAAUUUGAAACGUCAAGGUUUGUUUUGCUUUGGGUGGCUAAGCCGUGAAUGAUAUGGGUUUAGGGAGUUCGGGAGAAGGCUUGGGCCUACAUGGCCCGACCAGAUCAGGAGUAUUGCCAGUUGUACAUUGGGCUUACAUGGGCCUGUUGAAUCAGUGUAGAUCCGAAAUGCUUUGGAAGAGCUUUUGGGCCUAUAGGCCCAAACUA